AUGGAUUGGAUGAGUUUGGGACUGAUUGGAUUGGUCCAUGGGAGUGAUGGGGUGUUUCUGAAGACUAAGCGUGAUCUAUUCGUGUACUCCCAUGAUAAUGUGGCACAUACUGGGCUAAGGAGUCUUGCUACCCCAUACAUUAUUGAGUACAGUGGUGGUAGAAUAUCAUUCAGAAUUAUAGGCACAAACAGACAACUGGUGGUAGAUGAAUCAACUCACAUUCUACACAACUGUGAUAGUAGAAGUGGAAUGAAUCACCAGUUUAGACUGGAAUACAAGAAUGAUGGACUAUUUCAGCUUCAGAUGGCCGUGAAUGGGUUCUACUAUUGUGUAACUGAUAUCAAUAAUGAUUUGAAACUGAUGGAAUGUGAUGAUGAUGAGGGUGAUAGACAGCUAUUUAGAUUGGAGGCAACUCACAGGUUGGUGAUGCAAUAA